AUGAUGGCUGUUGGAGCGCGAGCGAAAGUUCCAAUUUCUCUCGACGACUGCCACUCUGGGCCUUUGGCCGACGAUUUUUCACGUCGCAAACGUCCCAAGCUGCGGGAGAUCCAAGCGACAAGGCGUCGUCUCAAAUGCAGACCUCCCACUCGAAACGCAUUCAAGCACGACGCGAUCAACGUUGUCGCCUGUUGGGAAUCGAAUCGUGCCCUCAAACGCCCCAUCAUGAUUGAAGCCUGGAAAAAGCGUACUCAGUCUGUGCAACUUCCAAUGUGCACACCUUCUCCAAAUGUUUGUCGUUCGAACGCAGAUCCAAAGAGGGUCGCUCGUCAACUGGUCGAUGAUCAUGUCGACGUGCGAGACAGCGACAACGCCAUUCAUUGCACAGAAUACGCCAACGAUAUCUACGAGUCUCACCGAAAACGAGAACUCGUGUACAGCGAACCCACCGACAGUCUCGACUCCAAUUCCCAGAUUCGCCGUUCCAAGGUAAUCGAUUGGAUGGUCAAGGUGCACAUGGACUUCCGACUUGGUCCGGAGGUGCUUUAUGUUGCAGUUGCUCUGUUGAAUCGAUACACGGCAAGAUCAACAAUGCCAAGCAACGAGCUUGAUCUCGUGGCUCUAGCUUGCAUGUGGAUCGCCAUUAAAGUCGAAGAAACAUUUUCUGUUCCACCGGACCUUUGGAUUUCGCUCUGCAAGACCCAGUAUACAAAAGCCGAUCUCGUACAAACAGAAAAGAGCAUCUUGAAGCUCCUCGACUUUGAAAUUGCUCUUCCUACGGCCUAUCACUUCUUGGUUCGGUUCUUGAAGCUGGCUCACGCCGACAAGAAGAUGUUGCGAUUUUCGUUCUACUAUCUGGACUCGACGCUGCUGAGUGGCUCGCUCUUGAUCUAUCUUCCAAGUGAGAUUGCUGCAGCCUGUGUGUAUCUGGCUCGUCUACACGUGGGCAAGUAUGGAUGGAGCCCGACGCUCUUGAAGUAUUCUCGAUACUCGGAAGAAGACGUUGGACCCGUAGCAAGAGCAAUCAUUGAAGAGCACAGGGAAUUAGAAAAUGAGCUGAACGCGGUCCGCAGAAAGUACCGCAAGAGCUUUUCUCUCGGGGCCGGGAAUUCGUAA